GUAUGGGAGUUGGGUUUUAGGCGCAUUCAGACUGCAUUUUUCUUUUGAGUUCAUCAUUAGGUUUUCGUUUUGUUCGGUGAGAGUGAGUGACAUGGAUAUGUCGUUCAACCAACGACAACGCUAUCUUGAACAACAAAAGCCACCACCGUGGUUGGUAUUUGGAACGUGGGAUAAGCUUAUACGUCAUCGAAUUGGUUUUUCGUAUCCAACCGAAAAACAAGCUUUUUCACAAAAUUCAAGUGCUUAUUUGAGAAGAACAACAUAUGAGGAAAAGAGUAGAAGUAGCUCAACGAAGAGAUAUCCUUGUUCAGAUGAUGGUAGCAGUUAUAAUGUAUCUUCGGUAGUCGCCUAUUCAGAUAUCACUGAAGAAAACUACAACUGUGCUGUCGAUGAAGAGGAACAUAUACAAAAUAUUAUCUCUAAAUAUAUUCAAGGGGAGGGAAACAAAAAAGCGUCAACGAAGACAACUAAAAAGUAUACUGAAGUAAUUGAUGAAAACGACGCUGAGUCAGUGGUUUCACAAAUGAGUGAAAGAAGAAAAGAGUGUGAUGACUCCCUUGCAGAGUAUGGCAAGAAACAGCGUUCCACUAUACUCUGUAGUAGAAGAGUCAGUUUAAAUGAGGAACAGAGUGAAGAAUCUUUAACCCAAUCUUUCAAAAAGAUGGUGGAAGGAGAGUCUUUCCAGCAAAAAGAGUCAAAGAAUAGUCCUCGAAAGGAGAGCAAGUCUUCUUCCAAAGCUCCGCCCUUUCGAAAGAUGGAACAUCGUCACAGCGUGGACACGAAACUGCGAGAUCAACUGCUGAUAGAAAUACAAUAUGGCAGAGACCGUCUUCGUUCCACACCAUUGCAACAGAAACAAGUCCACUUAGAACCUCUUACUCCAAGAGAACAACUGUUGCAGGAAAUUCGUAUAGGAAAACAGUUGAAGAAUAUUACUCCUAUACAUUUUGAGUGUUGAACAUUUCUUUUUAUUGAAUAUGAGUAUAUUGGUUUCUAUUCAUUAUGACUAUUGAAACAGUUAAUAAAAAAGCGACGAAUAACCAUAUGAACAAAGGAAUCAAGAAAAACGCAGCCAAACGAGAGAUAUGUAGAAAUGCAAAAAUAGUCAUGAUGGUAAAGAGCAUCAAAAUAGCAAUCAUUACUAGUCCACCCACCAAAUCGUGUUGAACGAAGAAUACUUGAUUGAAGAGGUCAGCAAGUACCAAGUAAGAUAUUGACAUGGAGACCGGAAUCGUAAAGGGACUUUGAUGACAGCAUUCAAAUAUCAAUGCGAGCGCAUAGCUUUGAAGUAACUUUAAAACGAACCAAACCAAUGCGAACACCAUAGGAGAAGGAGUCCACCACGGUUUCUGGAGCUGUGCAUACCAAGAAUGGUCAAGAGGUACUGUUGGGUGUGCUAGUUGCACUCUUCUUUGCCACAUAGAUGGAAGAUGUAGAAAGAACGAAGCAAAUAUGACUACAGUAGCACUUAUCAAUAGAGAACUGAAACCACCGAUAUCUAAUAUAUGAAAAUAAACAUAAGUACAGUCGU